CAUCGAGUCGAGUCUUCUCCAAGUAUUUUCUCAGCCUCUCUCAGGUUUUCUCCAUUCACUUUUUACACUCAUCUAAUUUCACUUUCAUUUUACCUCUCAGUUUCCCAGUAUCCAAACAGAGUACAAAAACCUGGAAAAACCCCAAUAAAAGUGCUAUUUUUGUUUCUCUUCCUGGUUUUUAAUUACGUUAAUAUUGUUGAAAUUUCAGUCUUUCGGUUAAGCUCCAUCUUUAAAUCACACCAAAUGACUGACACUUUAGAGGAAGCCAAGCAAAUCGAGAAGCUCUACGAGUUUGGUGAAAGCCUCAACGAGGCCAAAGAUAAGUCUCAGAAUGUGAAAGACUAUGAAGGGAUCAUCGAUGCCACGAAGACGAGCACAAAGGCGAAGCAAUUGGCUGCGCAGCUAAUUCCUCGCUUCUUCAAGUUCUUCCCCAACCUCAGCAGCCGUGCUCUUAAUGCUCAUUUCGAUUUGAUUGAAGAAGAAGAUUUGGCAGUUCGGGUGCAAGCAAUUCGGGGGCUUACUUUAUUUUGCAAGGACUCGAAGGAGUAUAUUUCUAAAAUUGUAGACAUUUUAGGGCAACUCCUUACUGCUGAGGAGAUUGUGGAGCGUGAUGCUGUUCAUAAAGCCCUAAUGUCUGUGCUGAGGCAGGAUGUGAAAGAGUCAUUGACAACACUAUUCAAACACGUUUGGAAUGUUGAGGACCCAAGUCCAGAUGACACUAUCCGUGACAAGGUUUUGUGCUUUAUACGUGAUAAGGUUUUUCCUCUUAAAGCUGAACUCUUAAGACCUCAGGAGGUAAUGGAAAGGCAUAUUACUGAUUUAAUUAAAAAGAGUUUAGGGGAUGUAACUGGAGCUGAAUUCAGAAUGUUUAUGGACUUCUUAAAAAGUUUGAGCAUAUUUGGGGAGAAAGCUCCUUCUGAGCGCUUGAAGGAACUUAUUGAAAUAACUGAAGGGCAGGCUGAUUUAGACGCACAGUUUGAUGUUUCGGAUGCAGAUCAUAUAGAUAGGUUGAUAUCAUGUCUGUUCAUGGCUAUUCCAUUUUUCAUGAGGGGUGCUUCUUGCAGCAAGUUCCUCAACUACAUAAACAAGCACAUUUUACCUGUUUUUGAUAAGCUUCCAGAGGAGAGAAAACUAGAUUUGCUAAAAGGCCUGGCGGAAAUUUCUCCUUAUACAACACCACAGGAUUCACGCCAGAUUCUUCCUUCUGUUGUUCAGCUUUUAAAGAAGUACAUGCCUGCGAGGAAGACCGGAGAAGAAACAAACUUUACUUAUGUUGAAUGCUUGUUGUUUUCAUUUCACCAUUUAGCUCACAAGGCUCCCAAUUCCACAAACAGUCUAUGUGGUUACAGGAUUGUGACCGGUCAACUAUCAGAUAGGCUUGGGGAGGACUUCUCAGAGUAUUAUAAGGAGUUCACCGAGAGAUUGAGUAGUAUUGAAGACCUAACGAGGGCCACAAUGAAGAAGUUAACUCAAGGAAUGGCUGAGCAUAAUAAAGCAAUGGCUGCUGCUAAAACUGAUGAAGCAAAGGAUAGCAUUAAAACUCAAAAGCAGAACACCACAAUGGGAUUGCGUACCUGCAAUAACAUUUUAGCCAUGACAAAGCCCUUGCAUUCCAAAUCACCUGCAUUCAUUGGAGAUAAGAGUGUCAACCUUUCUUGGAAAGAAGCUAUAAAACCUUCUGUACCCUCCAAUGCAACUGCAACUGGGGUGAAGCGACCUAAUGCAGCUAAUGGAUCUAAUAAUUUUGCAACAAAGAAGGGCCGUGGAGGUGGUGGUAUGCCAAAUCAGCUUGUUAAUAGAGCAUUUGAAGGUAUAUCUUAUGGUGGGAGAGGCGGUGGUGGAAGAGGCAGGGGUAGGGGUAGGGGAUGGGGAGGACGUGGAGGAGGAAGAGGCUAUCGGUAACUUGAGAGCAUGAAUCAUAGAAUGAAGACGAUCAGAAUUUCGAGACUCUGUUUCUACCUAAAGAACAUGCUGAGAAGUCAUUGAUAUGUUAAAACCUACUCUCUUUUCAAGGCAGUUUUGUUUGAUACCUGAUGCUGAUGAGUUUUUAGAUUCUUAGUGGACUAACAACAGCCAUUGUAGUCCUUUGGAAGUUUGUCUGGCUAGCGUCUGUGAUUUGAGUUCCCAAUCCUGUCAAAUUUUAGUGUAUUUGAACAACAAAUUUGCAUGUUUUUUUUAGUGUGGGGAUGGUUGUGUCUUGAUGAUCGUAAAGUUAUAGUGACCUAGUUUAUCAAGGAUGAGUACUCAGACCUGGUUAUGUAGAAUCUGACCGUGCUUGUUAAGUUAAUUUUGAUCUUAAAUAAGCAUUAAAAUCUUUUUCUG